GCAGCUCCCGGCGGGCGCCGCGGCCGCUUGUGUCGCCAUGGCGACGGGUUGGGGAGGCAACGCGCUGGGGCCGGCACCGAGCAGCGGCGGAGAUGGUGGAGGGGGAGGUGGAGGAGGCCCAGUGGAGGAAUUCCCGACAACAGAUUAUUUUUUACUGUGAGCUAAGUCGAGCGCGUGAGGUGAAACAGCCGAACUGGAUUUGCAGAGGAGUCGUGCACGUUCUCCUGGGAGUUCCCCGAAUCCCGUCAACUGUGUGUCUUGGACGUUGGACAGGAGGUGAUGUCUGCCUGCCCGCUGGCAAAGUCCCUGCAGAUCAUCCACGUGAGCAAGGAUGAUCACACCUUCUCGCUGAACGUCAAGGCGCUCGAGAGCAUCCUGCUGAGCCCGUCCAUCCGCGACCUCAACGUGAUGGUGCUGUCCGUGGCCGGGGCCUUUCGCAAAGGCAAAUCCUUCCUCCUGGACUUCCUCCUGCGUUACCUGUACAAGCAGAAAAUGGGCAACACAACAAACUGGCUGGGCCGGGAUGACAAGCCUCUGACCGGAUUCUCCUGGAGGGGGGGCUCGGACCCCGACACCAACGGGAUACAGAUAUGGACCGAGGUCUUCGUCAUCAAGAAGCCCAGCGGAAACCGGGUUGCUGUGCUGCUGUUGGACACACAGGGUGCCUUUGACAGCCAAUCGACAGUGAAGGACUGCGCCACCAUAUUUGCCCUCAGUACCAUGACCAGCUCAGUCCAGGUCUACAAUAUAACCAACAACAUACAGGAAGAUGACUUGCAGCAUCUACAGCUCUUCACUGAGUACGGGCGGCUAGCUAUGGAUGAAACCUCGAUCAAACCCUUCCAGACACUGCUGUUCCUGGUGAGAGACUGGAGCUUCCCCUAUGAGUUUCCUUACGGAUUGGAAGGAGGAAGUAACUUCCUGGAGAGGAGACUGCAGGUCAAGGCCCACCAACAUGAAGAGCUGCAGUUGGUACGGAAGCACAUCCACUCCUGCUUCAGGAAGAUCCAAUGCUUCGUUAUGCCUCACCCAGGCCUCAAGGUGGCCACCAACCCCACCUUCGACGGCAAGCUGAAAGAUAUCGAAGAUGAUUUCAAGAUUCACCUCCAGGAGUUGGUGGGGCUGCUGCUCAAACCAGAAAACCUGGUGGAGAAAGAAAUCGGUGGCUCGAAGGUCAGUUGCAAGAACCUGCUGGAGUAUUUUAAGGCAUACGUGAAGAUUUUCCAGGGGGAAGACUUGCCUCAUCCCAGGUCCAUACUGGAGGCCACGGCAGAAGCCAAUAACCGCGCGGCGAUGUCAGCGGCAAAGGAUUAUUACCAACAGGUCAUGGAGGGGGGGCUAUGCGGUGGGGACAAGGCGUACCUGAACCCCAACAAGCUGCGUGAGCGACACAUGGUUUACCGGGAGACUGCGCUGGAGAAGUUCCGCACCACCAAGAAGAUGGGCGGCGCGCUGCUGGCCCAGCGCUACGAGGUGCAGCUGCAGGCGGAGAUCGACGAGAUGCUGGAGAGCUACGUCAAGUUUAACCGCAGCAAGAACUUCUUCAGCCUGAUCCGCACCCCAGCCGCCAUGUUGCUGGUCAUCAUCGUCAUGCACAUGGUCUCAGGCUUUGUCGGCCUGCUGGGCCUCUCGUUCCUCACCUCCAUCUUCAACUUUGUCACCGGCAUCGCCAUGCUAAUUCUCAUGACCUGGUCCUACAUCAAGUACAGCGGGCAGGCAUCCAUGCUGGGCGAGGUCAUCGAUUCCGUCAGCGAAGCUCUCCUCGGAGGGGUUUCCAACGCUAUCAUCAACCGCUACUUCAGCACGCCGCCCGCGGCCCUGCUCACCGGAUUGGCAACGGCCGCCGGGAACGCUCGCGAGCUUACGCCUACUCACACUCUCUCACACUCCCGCUCACUGAGCGUUCCGAUCCAGACUCGCCCAACUGCCACAAGCCAGACGUGGAACCAAGACUACCCCCCCUCCCCGGGCUAG